GAAGCAGAAAGCCACUCCUACUCAGUUCAGAUGCAGUGAAACUAAUCUCAGAUCUCAGACUGUCUCUCUCUCAGUCUGCGAGUGCAGGAAAAUGGCAGAGGCCAGUAUUUCAGAAGAUCAGUGCCAAUUCAGCUGUCCAGUCUGUCUGGAUCUGCUGAAGGAUCCAGUGACUAUUCACUGUGGACACAGUUUCUGUAUGGUGUGUAUUAACAGACACUGGGAUAAGGAUGAUCAGAGCGGGGUCUACAGCUGCCCCCAGUGCAGAGAGACCUUCACUCCGAGGCCUGUUCUACGCAGAAACAACAUGAUGGCUGAAAUGUUGGAGAAAGUAAAGAAGCCAGAACUCCAAGCUGCUCCUCCUGCUCACUGUUACGCUGGACCUGGAGAUGUGGAGUGUGAUUUCUGCACUGGGAGGAAACGCAAAGCCAUCAAGUCCUGUUUGGUGUGUGUAGCGUCUCUUUGUGAAGCUCAUCUUAAACCUCAUCUGGAAAUUCCAGCCUUGAUCAGACACAAGCUGGUCAAAGCCUCCACACGACUACAGGAGAAGAUCUGCUCUCAACAUGAUGAAGUGGUCAAGAUCUACUGCCGUACUGACCAAAGCUGCAUCUGUUAUUUGUGUAUGAUGGAUGAACACAAAGGUCAUGAUACAGUUGAAGCUGCAGCAGAAAGAAAAAUGAAAGAGAAUCAGCUGAAGGAGGUUCAGAGGAAAUUCCAGCAGAGACUCCAGGAGAAAGAGAAGAAGCUGCAGGAGCUGAAACAGGCUGUGGUCACUCUUAAGCGCUCUGCAAAGGCAGCAGUGGAGGACAGUGAGAGGAUCUUUACUGAGCUGAUCCGCUCCGUUGAGAAAAAGCGCUCUGAGGUAACAGAGCUGAUCAGAACUCAGGAGAAGAACCAGCUGAGACAAACUGAAGAACUCCUGAAGAACCUGCAGCAGGAGAUUGAUGAUCUAAAGAGGAGAAACACUGAGCUGGAGCAGCUUUCAGUCACAGAGGAUCACAUCCACUUCCUCCAGAGUUUCCAGUCUCUGAGUGUCUCUUCUGGAUGUGAGGACACACCCAGCAUCACUGUCCAUCAACAUCUCUCAUUUGAUGGAGUGAGGAAAUCUCUCUCUGAUCUGAAAGAGAGACUAGAGGAAUUCUGCAAGGAGGAGUUCAGUAAAAUCUCUCCACAUGCUGCAGCAGUUCAGAAGAUUUUAUCCUCAGAGCCAAAAACCAGAGAAGAUUUUCUACAGUCUACAGCAGUUCAGAAGAUUUUACCAUCAGAGCCAAAAAACAGAGAACAUUUUCUACAGUAUUUCUAUCGACUGACUCUGGAUCCCAACACUGUACAUCAUAAACUCAGACUGUUUCAGAAGAACAGAGCUGUAAGGAGCAGAGGAGGAAAGCAGCGUUACUCUGAUCAUCCAGAGAGAUUUGACGACUGGAAGCAGGUGUUGUGUAAGGAAAGUGUGAACGGACGCUGUUACUGGGAGGUCGAGUGGAGCCGUGGGGGAUGGAUGUAUGCAUUCGGUUGGGUGGACAUAUCAGUGUCAUAUAAAGGGAUCAGCAGGAAAGGAGAAGGUGAUGAGAGCAGGUUUGGACGCAACAAUCAGUCCUGGAGGCUGAGGUGUUCUAAGACUCUCACUUUCUGGCACAACAACAUUCCGACUGUGCUCUCAGGUCCAUCAUCCUCCAGAAUAGGAGUGUAUGUAGAUCACAGUGCAGGAACUCUGUCUUUCUACAGCGUCUCUGACACAAUGACCCUCCUACACACAGUCCACACCACAUUUACUCAGCCUCUCUACGCUGGGUUUGAGGUUGGGCCGGGUUCAUCACUUAAACUGUGUGACUCAGUAAUGAAGUACAGAAAAAGAGAGAAAAUUAUCAAGUUAGCUUGAAAAAGCCAACUUGCUGUUCUACUUAAUCAUCGUAUUCUUACUAUUCUGUGCUCAAAAAACAAAAUGUUUCCUGUCCCACCGUUUUCGAGCCAGAACCAUGAAACUUUACAGAAUCGUAGGUCCCAUACCCAUGCUUGUGCUUUUCUGAGUAAUCAGACGUACGGUUUUCGUAAAAUGAUUGUUCAAAGAUGAUUUUUUUCCCAUAGGAAAUGAAUGGCAGAAUGUUUGACACUCAUACACAGUACAUACAAACUCACAGCAUAAUGCACAGCAAUAACAGCUGGAAUUGCAUUUAAGGUAUUACUGAAUUUAAGGUGGCACUGAAUUUAAGGUGGCACUGAAAUUAAGGUGGCAGUAAAUUUAAGGUGAAACUGCACUUAAGAUAGCACUCAAUUUAAGGUGGCACAGCAUUUAAGGUGACACUGAAUUUAUGCUGGAAUUGCAUUUAAGGUAAUACCAAAUUUAAGGUGGCACUGAAUUUAAGGUAGCACUGAAUUUAAGGUUGCACCGCAUAUAAGGUAUCACUGAAUUUAAGGUGGCACUGAAUUCAAGGUGGAAUUGCAUUUAAGGUAGCAAUGAAAUUAAGGUGGCAGUAAAUUUAAGAUGGAACUGCACUGAAGAUAGCACUCAAUUUACGAUGGUACUGCAUUUAAGGUGGCACUGAAUUUGAUAUGGAAUUACAUUUAAGGUAGCACUGCAAUUAAGGUGGCAGUAAAUUUAAGGUGAAACUACACUUAAGAUAGCACUCAAUUUAAGGUGGCACAGCAUUUAAGGUGGCACUAUAUUUAAGUGGGAAUUGCAUGUAAGGAAUACUGAAUUUAAAGUGGCAUUGAAUUUAAGGUAUCAGUGAAUUUAAGGUGGCACUGAUUUUAAGGUGGAACUGUGCAUUUAAGGUAGCAACGAAAUCCAUUGAACCUUGGACACCGUGGCAACUGCCUAGCAACAUCUAAGUAACACUUUAGCAACCAUCAACAGUCUUCCUUCAUUUUAACGUUUUAACGUAAUUAGCUUAAAGUUCGUUCACAAACUUUCCCUUUCUAGUUUUAUGUUCUAAAACUAAAUACUUCAU